AUGGCGUCCGCUCUGCAUAGCUUGAGUUAUCCAUGCCUCGCCGUGAACCGUUCGCGCGAGUUCUCGUCCUCCGCCUUUCAUUCUUCACCGUUGAGCUGCAAGCCGAAGAGGGUUUCUUCAAUCAGGUGUCAAUCAUCUACGGGUACCGAUGAAACCAAAACAGCUAAAACGAUGAACUUAUUGGACAAUGCAAGCAACCUUCUCACGAAUUUCCUGAGUGGAGGAAAGAUGGGAAAUAUGCCUAUAGCAGAAGGUGCAGUUUCGGAUCUGUUCGGCAGGCCACUUUUCUUCGCCCUUUAUGACUGGUUCUUAGAGCAUGGAUCAGUGUAUAAACUUGCGUUCGGGCCGAAAUCUUUUAUUGUUGUCUCAGAUCCCAUUGUCGCGAGGCAUAUUCUUCGUGAAAAUGCAUUUUCCUAUGACAAGGGUGUUCUUGCUGAUAUACUGGAACCAAUUAUGGGAAAAGGGCUGAUACCGGCUGACCUUGAUACUUGGAAGCAGAGGAGAAGAGUUAUUGCUCCUGGAUUCCACUCACUUUACUUGGAAGCUAUGGCCAGACUGUUCACAGACUGCUCCGAGAGAAUGAUAACGAAAUUUGAGAACCUUUUACAACUUGAUGCUUCAAGAGGAGGGGAGAAAAUAGAACUCGACCUAGAAGCUGAAUUUUCUAACUUGGCACUAGAUAUUAUUGGACUUGGUGUUUUCAAUUAUGACUUUGGUUCUGUUACGAAAGAAUCACCAGUGAUCAAGGCUGUAUAUGGUACUCUUUUCGAAGCGGAGCAUCGUUCAACAUUCUACAUUCCUUACUGGAAGUUCCCUUUGGCAAAAUGGCUCGUUCCUCGCCAGAGAAAGUUCCAGAAUGAUCUGAAAGUCAUCAACGACUGUCUCGAUGGUCUGAUAAAAAAUGCAAAAGAGACAAGAGAGGAAGCUGAUGUCGAAAAAUUGCAACAAAGGGACUAUUUAAAUAUCAAGUCAGAUAAAUUACCAGGUGGUUAUAAUGGUGACAAAGAUGGAUAUCCAAUCCCAGCCGGCACUGAUCUAUUUGUUUCUGUUUAUAAUCUGCAUAGAUCCCCGCAUUUUUGGGAUAACCCGAAUGACUUUGAGCCCGAGAGGUUUCAAAUGCAAAAGUCGAGCCAGGUUGAAGGUUGGGCUGGUUUCGAUCCAUCUCGAAGCCCUGGUGCACUCUACCCGAACGAGAUUAUAUCGGAUUUCGCCUUCUUGCCGUUCGGAGGAGGGCCAAGAAAGUGUGUGGGUGACCAAUUUGCCCUCAUGGAGUCGACUAUAGCUCUGGCACUGUUAUUACAAAAGUUCGAUGUGGGUCUCAAAGGAUCACCCGAGUCUGUGGAACUCGUUACAGGGGCCACGAUUCACACCAAAAAUGGAUUAUGGUGCCAAUUGAAGAAAAGGUCGUCGUCCGUUUAA